CCAAUCCAAGGCUUUGCCUGCACUUGUCGGAAAGUGCUAAGAUAUCAACUUGAAGGGUAUAUGAUCAGAAGAGCCUCAGCUUUUCUAAAAGGUUAUGAAGUAGAGCUUGUUUGAGAUGGUGUUCCUAAAGGAAUCAGCAGCAGUAUUUCUACUGAUUCUGUGCUCCACAUGCCAUUACUUAGAUGUUGUCGCAGGAUAUGCUCCAACAAGAUGCAAGUGUGUUAAGUCAACAAAGUUUGUCCCCUGGAAAAAUAUAAAUAGCUUUGUGGUAACAGAAAGAGGACCUCACUGCACAAGAACAGAGAUUGUGCUGAAUGCAAAGAAGAAUGUAAUUAUUUGUCUGAAUCCAUCACAAAAGCAAGGUCAGAGACUUCUGAACUGCUGGAGAAGAAUGGUCAGAGACUCAGAUGGAACUCAAAAAUGUAUCAGAAAAUUUCGAAAGAGGAGCACAAAGACAAAAAAGCAAGCACAUAUGAGGAAAUCAAUAUUACUGAGGCCCGGCAUUACAAGAAGUGAAAAAUUUGUUGAGUCAAGCAAUACAACAAAGACUGCUCAAGAUCAUCUUAUUACUACAAGAUGGCAAUCAGAAACGCCUAUCAGGUAAUAAAACAUGUAAAAGAAGAAACGCCUGUCAUCAUAGAAUUCAGCAUUUGGUUACUCAUGCUACCAAAAUAUCACAAACACUAUGCUAAGUUAUGAAUCAAACCCUUUCUGGGUCUGGAGGUCAGCCAAUAACUCAGCAAAUUUUCAUGUUUACUGAUCAAAAAGUUACAUGAUUCAUCAAAUUGUUUAGUAAGAAGGAAAAUUUGAAAAAUGUGCUUUCCUCUCAACUUUACAAAGACUCUCAGUUCUGUCUGCAGCAGGAUUUGCAAUCUAUGCCUCAGACUAAGUAAUUAAACAUUAGCAUAUCAAGUCUGGUAUGAUUUAUAGUGAUAGAAAAGGCCUAUGCCACUAUUAAAGCCCGAAGAUAAUAAUAAUUUGUUUAAAUGCUUCAGUCACCUACAAAUUCAAGUUCUGCUAUAUCUGUAAUAUUUUUCAGCAGAUUCCUGAAAUGUUAGAAAUGUACUGCCAUUCAAUUAUAGUCCUUGUCUGUACACCCCCAGUAUCAGUGCAGUGCUGGAGGGUUGAAUGUUGACCUUGUUUUCCAAACCGGGUCUUUAAGGAGGAGUUGAAAAUGUAGCUGUAAUUAUAAAAGCAGAUGAAACCUUCAAAUGAGCUAUAUUUGUUAAAGUUACUACCGGUGCUGUGCUCUAUUACAUCAUGAUCACCUUGUAUGGAGAACACCAGUACUGCUGUCAGUAGGGCAGAUCUCCUUGCAAAAUAAUAUAAAUAUCCAAUUAUCCUGCUUGUAGAAAGCAAAACAAGCUAGAAAACACUAAUUCCUUAUUUUCAACAUAGAUCUUGUUCUACAUCACACUAUUGCAACAAAAUCCCAUGCGCAGAAAUGAACAGGCUUAGAAAAGGGAAAAUGCUGCCCAACAGACCUUGCAUACCAUUAAUAUAAGAUAUCUAUCUAUCCAUCCAUCCAGACCCCUUUCUCCCAUUUUUGCACAUGGGGUUGGGCGACAUUUCAACAGUGACAAUCACCUAGAGCCAAUGUUUACACUGCUGGGUGCACAGCAGCCUUGCACAAUCAGUGUCUGUAAUGUAAAUCACAGUAGGUAGUGGAAAAGAAUGCAAGAACUUCAAGAUGUCUUGAAAAUAUAGGUAGAUGGAACUGAUUGAGAAUUAGCAGUGAGACUUACUGCAGAAAAGUGAAACACUGCAUACUUCCAAACAUUUAGAAUUAAAAGAGACUGUUGGAUGGGAAGAUGCAGACAAAGGGGAAAGGCAGCAGGUUAGUUGUUGUAGUAAGAGUGCCUUGGAGUGUCAUCUCAGGCAAACCAAGCCACUUCAGUAAGUUUACAAAUAUGGUAGCCAAAAUUAAGAAAAUGCUAAGAAGCCCAGAAUGCAUAGUUGGGAGCUCUUGGUAAGGCAUUCUGCUACUGUAGUAUUGUGAUAUGCUGACUCAUUUUCAACACUUUCUGAAAACUGCAUCUUAACAAAGCCAUUUAAUACUUCAGGUAAUUACAGAAGGAAUCUAAUGGAUGGAACAGUUUAAAAUGCAAAGCAAAGCUGAAAAGGAUUGUAAUGAUAUAUCAAUUCUCAGGAGCUUGAAAGGUAGGGAAAGUACUGGGAAGGGUAAUGACAAGGACAGAGAAAAGCAAAAAGGCUACAAGGAAUAAUAAAUGGCAACAGGCUCAGGAAUAAAAUGAGCUGGCACUUAAUGAAAAAGAUAGUAAACAAUAAAUCUGGAAUACCUCCUUAUAAGUGGUAGGAUUCAAACAGGGAGAGAAGCCAAUAGGUGAGAAAGGAAAAUCUGCAUGAAAGUCUGUCGGCCUGCUUUAGUGAAUUCAAUAUUUGUCAGUCAUUUUCAAUCAGCAGCAGGUUGUUAUGUCUUUAGCAAAGUUAAACAGGAACAGAUCCCUAUCUCAAAUCCAGUUUUAUCAAAACCACCAUAAUCAAAGCUGGAUUCAUGAGAUUUUCUAUAAAUUAUGUUGUAUGCAUUUCAUUUUCUGUUGUUUGUCCUUUGAGCUGUUUCUGAUGAUAGACAAUGUUCUUCACAAAAGAAAGUGUUAAUAUUUUAAACUCUGGACGUAUUUCUGUUUCUGUUUCUACUGGAGUAAGUGCUACGGAGGAGGUGCAGGAAUAUAUCUUUUUCUUCUAGAGUGUUUGCCUUUUCUUCAUGGUUAAAAGACAGUGAAGUUAGUACAUUUAAAUCCUGCCACACAGAGACAGCAUGGAGGCUUGAGCCCCUGCAAAAUCUUUUUUAUUUUCAUCUGUGACAUUUCAAUUUUUGUCAGUCUGUACUCAUGGUUUUAGUUUCAUUGCAUUAUUUCUUAGGAUAAAAAUCUGACCUAAAAUGCUUUUCAUCUUGCAUAUUGGAAGUCAUAUAAAUUUGUCUGCCUUGGAUAUGGCAAAAUAUAGUUACCGAGUUACAUUUUAAACCUUUUGCCUCACUCCAUCCCUCUUUUUCACUGACCAUGAAUUAUGCCAUUGUAGAAACUGUGUUGUUAUUUAAAAUUUAUUGCAAUGUAAAGCACAUCAGUUAAACAGUUGUUACUGAAAACAAUGUAAUUGUAAUAGCUCUGAAAUAUACUUGUCUCACGUGUUCUCAGUUGUUUAAAAUAAAUGUUAUUUUGUUAAGUAUGAACAAUGGAUUUUCAGAAAUAUAAAUGAAUGUAAAAUAAAAUUUUUGCUAUAUUUUCUAAGAUGGAUCAAACUACUGUAAACAUGCAUUUUAAAAUUGUUUUCAUUGUGUGCAUUUGUAUUAAAAAAUUACGUCUGAAGCAUUAUUUGACAGUUGAAUCAAUAUGUCUUUUCUCUGCUGCAGAAAAGACAUCUAAAAUAUUAAAAAAAGAAUAGCGAAUUAAA